ACACACAGAAACUAGAAAAUGUCGAUCCCUUUAAUGGUCGAAAUAAAACUCACCGAAAUGGUAAAACCCUCAAAAUUCAUACCUCCUCAAACUCUUUCCUUUUCAACACUUGACAAUGAUCCUUUCAAUGAGGUCAUUUACAAGGUAUGCUACGUUUUCAAAGCCAAGAACGUUGUUGAUGAUGCUUCUGACUGGCCGGAAUCUUUGCUCAAGGAAGCCUUGUCCGAUCUUCUUGUGUAUUAUUAUCCACUUUCAGGGAGUUUGAAGCGGCGGGAGAGUGAUAGGAAGUUUCAAUUGAGCUGUGGGGGUGAUGAAGGCGGUGUGGCAUUCACGGUGGCUACUACAAAUGUGGAACUGUUUUCAUUGAACUAUUUAGAUAACAUUGACUCAGAUACGGCCUUGAAGUUCUUGCCUAAGCUCCUCCAAGUGGAGGGUGGUUAUCGACCUUUUGCUAUUCAGGUGACCAAAUUUGAAUGUGGAGGAUUCAUCUUAGGAACCGCAACGUCGCAUGCAAUGUCAGAUGGAUAUGGAGCGGGUCAUACCAUGUGUGCCUUGACGGAGUUGGCUGGCGGGAAAAAGAAGCUGACCAUGACACCCGUUUGGGAAAGAGAAAGACUUGUGGGGGAGCCUGUAGACGAUCAACCUCCAUUAGCUCCCGGCGGCGCCACAGCUGUGUCGCCCUACUUACCUACCGAUGAUUGGGUAACUGAAAGAAUAAAUAUUAGACCGGAGAGCAUAAGAAGGUUGAAAGAAGCUACACUGGAAGAAUGUGACUUCUCUAGUGAGGCACAGGCACUCACAACUUUUGAAGUCACAAGUGCUUAUUUAUGGAAAUCAAGAGUCAAAGCUCUGAAACUAGAUAAAGAUGGGGUCACAGUUUUGGGUUUCGCCACAGGAAUCCGAAACGUCGUGGAUCCACCUUUGUCUGAUGGAUACUACGGCAAUGCAUACAUUGGUAUGAAUGUGUCGUUAACCGUUAGAGAAGUAGAUGAAUUUGGGAUCUCAGACAUCGUAAAACUCAUAAAAGAAACGAAGAAGAAAGCUCAUAGUAAAACUCACCUCCAAAAAGAGCUUGCAAACAUUGAAAAUAUCAUUAAAAUGAAUUUAAGGAUCAGAGGAAAGAAAGAUGGGUUAUAUUUGUUGACAGAUGUGAGGAAUAUUGGAAUUUUUGGACCAAUGGAUUUCGGUUGGAAUGAACCGGUGAAUAUUGUCCCAGUCGUCCCCCCGGAAACAGCUAGGACAAUUAAUAUGGUCAUGCGACCAUCAAGAUUGGAUCAGGCGAUGGUUGGGGGGGUUCAAAUUAUGACUACAUUGCCUAGAGAUGCAAUGGUUAAGUUCAAGGAAGAGAUCAGUGCUCUAGACUAAAGCGUGGUUACUCUUUCUUUUGUAUGUGGUAAUUUUCAUGAUAAUAUCGAUCUAUAUAUAAUAGCAAUCCGAAUAAAUGUCACCAAAAGUUACAUUAAGUUCAAGGAAGAGAUCAGUGCUCUAUACUAAAAAGCGUGCUUACUCUUUCUUUUGUAUGUGGUAAUUUUCCUGAUAAGAUCAAUCUAUAUAUAAUACCAAUCCGAAUAAAUACCACCAAAGGUUGUGUUUCUUCAA